AGUUCAUCCGUCCUGAAGGCUACCAAUCGUCACUGGGUGCCAGUCCUGGGAUUCGUAGGAAAUCCGAUACAACGCCCGAAGCGUAGAAAAUCAAGGUCUCACUUGACUCUCAAUUUGAAAAGGACACCCUGAGCUAUCAGUCUGUGAAAACAAAUCAAUACAAUCCUAUUGGAAAAUUUUUACACGCGAGCUAAUUUUCCAAAGAUCCCCUGGAAAACCUGUUCUAGAAACCUCUUCUGGAAAAAGUUUUGGUUGUGAAAACAUGUCUCCAAGUCUCCUCUUUCGAAUGGUGAAAAUUGAAGCUCUUUAGCUUUUUCCUAUCGAAAGUUAUUCAAAAAACAGUCAUAAAUCAUUCUUUUUUGGAUGGAUAAUAAAACAAUGUUUUUAAAUUUUUUUCUUUAUGUAAUAAAACAAGACUUAAUGACAUAUUGCUUCAAUUUUCCGCAGGUAUUAUUUUGCAAAUAGGACUGUAAACUAGUAGACUAGGUUAAAUUCAUGUUAGUUAACAGUAAUUAAUCAAUAACGGGAGAAAAAUAAGAAAAAAUUUUUAUAUAUUUUUUAGUCGUAAAUAUUUUACACGCAUUUCUCUAUCGAUCUACGCAAGAAUCAAGUUUUUAUGAUGAAUGGAAAAUAAACAGGAAUAAGUCGAAAAAACUUUGAAGCACAUACUUUGUAGUAUCUUGUACAAACCGGGAAGGUUUGACAAAAAUCAUCAAAAAAUCUAAAUAGCCAGAUCUUCUUAAAAAUCUUUUAAAAUAUAAAGUUUUGAAAGGGUCUAUGAAAACUCAGUUUAAAUUUUCAACGGCUGAAAUAGCAAUGUGUUUCUUUCUUCACAUGAGUAGUGGGUUCAAAGUGUUCUAUAAGGAAGGGCGUCCUCUAAACUUUUAACGUAUCAGAUUUUUUCGAAAGGCUAUGACUACUUCGCUUUGACUCCUGUUUGCUACUAUUAACUGAAAAUUUAGUAUUAUCAAUAAUUAAAACCGUAAUUUUAUGCGCUAAUACGUAUUUUUUCGUUUGUUGCUUGUGCGACGAAAUCAAAAUCGUUUUUCGUUUACAUUUCUGGACAAAGAAAUAGCACCGAUUUUCCACUGGUUUUUUUUGUUGAAUAAAGAAAAUUUUAGUUUAUUUUUUCUUACAAUGUUUUUUAAAAAAGUCAUUUUAUUUUUGUUAAUCAUACCAUUUGCAUGGGAAUCAAUCAUUGUUCAACAUAUAAAGCAAGCAGAAAAGAUUAAUGUUGAUGAGCAAAUAAAAUCCAUUAUAAAACGUAGUAAAUCACGAAUAUAUCAAGAAAGAGAAAAUAUUCUUAAUGAAAAAGUUCAAAAUCGACAGAAACAUUUGAAUGAUGUUGUUGUUGCUUUAGCCGAUGUUCAACAAAAACAAAAACAAAUAACAGAUAAGGAAUCGCAACAGUAUAAUUAUUUAGGAGGACUGAUUCCGGAAUAUAAUAAUAGAAUACGGAUUUUGGAAAACAGACUAGAUGCAGCUAAAAUGGAAUUAGAAAUGUUUAAAAAAUCGAACGGAAAACUCGUGCCUGUUCGCCGACAGUCCAUAGUCACAGCGUCAUUAUUUCCGUUGCCAAUUAAGGGAGGCGGAUAUGAUGUACAGCCUUCUUUUUCUUGUAGACGAGAUCUAGUGUGGGGUGGGAUAGACGUAGAAAUACCUCGAGAAGUAACCACUCAGCGCACACAUAUAGAAGCAACAACGAUGGAUGAUAAGUUCAUCGAUCAACAGGGUAUAAUAAAAGAUGCACUCAUAAACGCGACAGUUCAAAAUGUUACAACUCCGAUUGAGACAAUUCUAGGAGGAAUCAAAGAUGAUAGUAAAAGAAUUACAAUAGCAUCCAGACUCGCUAAUGCUCAGAUUAGUCUACCAACAUCCGUCAUUGUUAUGAUUGUUUUAUCAAUAAUUGUUGCGCUCAUUCUUAUCGGUGGUGUAACAUUUUGCGCAAAACGUCAACAUAAAAAAGAGAAGCAUCCAAGAGAAUCUUUAAAAGAUGCAUCAGCAAGUUCAUCUCCAACGCCACUCAUUUUUUCAAUAAAAUCUGGGGGCGAAAAUGAACAGUAA